GGCGGCCCCUUAAUUGCGGCCGAGACGAGCAGGCCGGGGGCGGUGGAGGAGGCGGCGCAGCCGAGUGAACGGGAGGAAGCGCAAGGUGCAUCGCAACCAUCUCACGCGCCAUUUACCCGCGAUUCUCGCAUCGAAAUCGACCGCGGGAUUCGACACCUUCUUCACUUAUCUGCGGCCUAACCCGAGCGGCGCGGGACGAAGGGGAGGGAAUCUCGUUGCGUAUCCCCUUUUCACGACCGCGCGCGCGAACGACGAGCUACCGAUCCCACGGGUGAAUAUGUCCGCUGCAGGACAGGCGAGAAGGGAGACGAAGAACUGCCCGGUGCACGGUACGCUAACCCUGCUACAGUGAAAAGUGUAUGUUCGUCCGUUGGAGAGGAUUCGGUGAAAGGAAGUUCCUGACGAAGGCGACGCCGUCACCGUCGACAAGAUUCUGUCUCCCAGGUACAGGGCGAGUCCUGGGGUGGCGACAGAGGCACCUGCAGGUGCCCGUAGCCCGAGGGAACCACCUACGUGUACCGUGAUGACGGUCCAUCACCAGAACCACCACGUGGCGGCACUGAGCGGCGUCACCGUGGCCAAUAACGGUCUGAACCUGAGCAGAAUGUCCGGCCUCGAGGCGCACAAGCUGGAGAACAUCGUCGAGAGGAACGGGGUCAGCGUCGAGCGUCUCUCGAACGGGCUGGACGCGCGCGGCAACAAUCACGGCAGCAACAAUGGCCUGGAACGGGGCGACGCGUCCACCACCAUGCCGCAGCGGUCCCGAUUCAUGAUCACCGAUAUCCUCGGUGGCGCGUCGAGCAAGAUGCACCAGGCCGCCGGACUGCAGACACAGGAGCCGCCCGGCAGCCCGCCGCCGACGCCCAGGGACCUCAGUGUCAGGCAUCAGUCCAGGACGUCUCUGAACAACAGCAACCUGGACGAGGAUAGCGACGCCAGUCAUCACGACGGCGCUUCCGUUACAUCGAACGGCGGCAAGGAGGACGACCCAAAAAGCUCCUCGUCUAGCACGCUGAGCUCGGCGCAGAGCAAAAAACAGCGGAAAGCGCGCACGGCUUUCACGGAUCAUCAGCUCCAGACUCUGGAGAAGAGCUUCGAGCGACAGAAGUAUCUGAGCGUGCAGGACAGGAUGGAUCUGGCGUCCAAGUUGCAGCUAACCGACACACAAGUCAAGACAUGGUACCAGAAUAGAAGAACGAAGUGGAAGAGGCAGACGAUCACGAGCUUCGAGAUAAUAGAGAACAAUUUCGCGGUGGCCGCGUUCCAGCAGCUGUACGGCAGCGGCGCUGCGGCGGUUCCCGCGCAUCCCGCGGGACGCUACUGGCAGUACCCCAGCGCGCACGCGUUGCCGGCCAACGGGCUCUUCUAUCAGCAAACGUCGGCGGCGGUGACCCUGCAGAAACCGUUGCCGUUCAGACUGUACCCGCCCACGAUGAUCCUAGCUCCCGGGCCCAGCAACCCUCUGGGCUCCCUAACGGCGAGCUCCAGCCUGUCGAACUUGAGCAACUACUACAGAGACAGCCCGGAGAUGGUGGACGGCAGGGACAGAGAGACGAUGGAGCGAUCGUCCAGGCAGCGCGACAGAAGCGGAAGUCCAGUGCUGACGGACAGAUCGCCGCUGCGGAAAGACGAGAGACUGUACGCGCCGUCGAUGGUCCAGCCGGGGUCCAGCAACAGCUUAGGCACGCUCACCAGCAGCAACCUGAACAACUACUACAGAGACAGCCCGGAAGUAGCGGACAGAGAGAGGGAGGGCAGAGGACUCAGACAGAGAGACAGGAGCAAGAGUCCCGUGCUACGGGACAGAUCAUCCCCCGCGCGCAAGGAUGACAAGCUCUACCCGCCCACGAUGCUGCAGGCGGGACCUAGCAACACUAUCGGCUCGCUAGCGGCGAACCUGAGCAACUACUACAGAGACAGUCCAGAGGAACGAGAGAACAGAGGGCGCAGACAGAGAGACAGGAGCAAGAGUCCCGUGCUAAGAGACAGAUCAUCCCCUAUGCGCAAGGAUGACAGGCUCUACCCGGCCACGAUGCUGCAGCCGGGGCCUAGCAACACUAUCGGAUCCCUCGCGUCGAAUCUGAGCAAUUAUUACAGAGACAGCCCCGACAUGAUCGACGGGAGGGAGAACAUGAGCAGUAGUCGCGACAGAUCGCCCUUGCGGAGGGAGGACAGCCCGCAGAGCAUAAGAGCGGACAGCGACGAGGAAAGUAUACACGAUAUCUAGGAGACGUCUGUCCAGAGAUCCUCGGAUCGCUCAGAGAUCGAAGAUUGAAGGCUGACGCUUCGGAGGGGAACUCCGAGACCGGUUCCGCCGAGGAACUGUGAAACGCGUGGAGUAUAUCGAACGAGGGACAAUGUUUUCGGUGUCUUUCGUCGCGGCUAGGUCAGAGGACUUUCUCUACCGAAGGAUACCUUCCGUACGAAUGGAGAGUCGAGGGAGGAGCACACGGGGAAUCGUUCGUGCCCCGCGCGCGUUGCGAAACGCCCGAUUUCGUGAGGUGGAACGGCGGAAGUGACAUGGCGCGGGACAUCCGGGAUCUCGUGGAUAAUGAGAGCGCGCGGAGGAAGCGUGGUGCGGUUAACCAAAGUUCGCGAUUCGAACGUUUAGUGAAUGGGGUAACGGUGAAUGCAGUAUCCCUGCUCGACGGAGUUACCGUGCCAAUGGCAUCUUCGAUGCGUUCGUGGACGAACGGAACGGACGCUCUUCUUCCUGGACACAUUGUUGCACGAGGGACCGCGGGGGAGACCGAGAAACUACGAAAAAUCGCGUUGAAGCGCAGCUGCCUCGCGCGGCGCGGAAUGAGAACCGUGCUCCGCUGGAAGGCGAGCGAAAACCAUAGGUUAGGAGAGCCGGCUAGACGCGGCGUCUCGGGGACGGUUACGGUCGCGAUGGCAGGAAGCGAGCCAAUCGCGCUCGAACGCGAAUCUACAAUUAAUAUGACAUUAGGGGGGACCUGCCUGCGGGGGAAGAAAUCUGAAAUGACACGAAAUUACGCGCGGUCGCCCGGCAAAAAACGCCGGGGCAGGAAGGUCGGGGGCGGACGGCGGCGCAGGACUUUCGAUCCCCGGGGAACGGGCCCGUACUAUUCAAAGCAGCGUCUCGCGCGCUACGAACGAGCCGGCUAAUCGGUAUCGACGCGAACGUCUCACGAGAUGUUCGGGGAACCCCGAAUCAACGCGGAGUAUUUCUGUCAGGGCUUAUUACCGAACGCUCCUGUAUUCGCAUCGAAUGCGAGCGCUGGGAAUCCUGCCGGUUUUUACGAAGAAACUUCGAAGUUGAUUCUGGUAUUUUUCACUGAGAUACGAGUGUUGUGAGAAUACGUCGCGUUGAUUCGGCGGAUUCUCCGCGUCCGUUUGUAAAUACGAUUCCAACUGAAGUCCACGAGACUCGCGCGACGAUCGUUUUCACGUCGACGCGACGAACGUUGUACAUAGCAGCUACUUGAGCGGCGGUGGAGAGUUCAACUUAUCGGGGAAACGCUUCUGAAACGCGAGCCAUCCGCGGUAACGAGACAUUUCGAAGUAUUUUUCAGAUUCCAGUAUACGUAGAAGAUCGCGGGGAACGUGUUCGAACGGUCGGAGCUUCGGAUCCUCCGAUCCGGGAUCUCUUUCCCGAUGAUUCCUCGGGAAAUGUGUCGAUCCGGUUCCGUUGCGCGGACACGGGAGUCCGCGUUCGGCGAUGAAAUACCAGUAUUAUGAAUGUAUAAAUCUUAGACUGUACGAUGGGAAGAGAGAGAGGGAGAGAGUGAGAUCGAGAGUGAGAUUGAGAGAGGAAGAGUGAAGGAUGCAGGUGUACGAGAGGCAGUAAACGGAAACAUUAGAGAAACGACGGCGCUCGUUGUAAAAUCGUUCAUCGGGACGCGAUCGGGUCUCACGGUGUAACGCGCGACUUAACGUUAAGGUAAAAAUGCAGCAACAAGUACAUAGUAUAAAUCAUGCUUUGUAAAAUAAUGUCUGUAU